CUUGGCAUAUAUAUUAAUAUUAUAUGUAGGAUAAUAUAAUAUCUAAGUCGCAGUGACGUUUCAGGAGAAAUUUUAUUACAAUGACAAACUGGCGGAAGUGAACAUUAGUUUAUGUUUGUGAUUAUAUUCAACCACACAACGCCACACAUGGCUAUCCCCAGACAAGAUGGUGUACAGGAUAUCAAUGCUGACCUACUUGAUGAUGUUUCGAACCACCCACCACCACGUCCUCCAAGAAAACCAUUGAAAACUCAAGAGAAACUUACUGAAGAACAACAUCGAAAUAGAAACUCAAAUCCCAGACUGCCAAAAAUCGUGAACUUAAUGACCUUUCCAAACGACAAUGAAGACAAAAAUAAAUUAGCAGCAAGCUGGGAUGUCUGCACUGGAAAUGCAUUCGAUAACAACAUUCCCGAAUGUACCCUUUUAAACCUAUGUGGCAAUUCUGAAACCGACGAAACACACCAUAAGUUUUACUCUGGAUUAAAAACAAACAUGUCCGACAGCCUUAACAAGUAUUUUAUUGGCGAGUUGUUCCAGCAAUCUUCUGAUCUGAACACAGAAACAAGACCCAUGUUUUAUACGCCUGAUUUUAGUACAUGUAGCAGAGGUAUUGAUGCCGUACAACCCGCAAACAGUGUCGAUUUACCAACUCCGCUGGGAGAAAGACAAAACAGACAAAGUGAUAGUCUUGAAGUGAUAGAUUCUACGGAAUCCAUAACGCAUCUCAUGCAUACACCGUCACAGUCGUCGAAACUUAACGCGAUGGAGAAUCAGUCGGACUCGGCAAGUUCUAUAAGGUCCUGUGCGUUUUUGAAUGGCUACUUCCGAGCUAACAGUAUCUAUUCAUUAGAUGAUACGAAUCCAAUUAACUCAAUGGAAACCAUUCAGUAUAGUGACACCAAAUCUGAAGAAGAGGACAAUAUUUGGGGCACGCCUAAACUUAGACAACAAGACUUGUAUUUAAAAAUGCUCAGAGAACAAGAAGUGAACCAAAUACAACAGCUUCAGGGAGAUACAAGUACAACCAAAUAACCAGGACUACUAAGCAUUCAUCAUCCUAAGUUGUCCUCUCAACGAUCUGUGAGCGAAAGUGAUAUUAAUAAUUCCAUGGAAUUUGAAAACACAGAAACAAGACCCAUGUUGUAUACGCCUGAUUUGUAUACAUGUAGCAGAGGUAUUGAUCCUGUACAAUCUGCUAAUAAUGUCGAUAUACCAACACUGCCGGAAGAAAAACUUCAAAGUCAAAGUGAUAGUGUUGUAGUGAUAGCUACUACGAAAUCCACCACGCAUCUCUCGAAUACACCGUCACAGUCGGCGAAGCCUAACGCAAUUGAGAAUCAGUCGGACUCGGCGAGUUC